UCCAGGGACAACUGUAAGUACCUACACCCUCCUCCCCACCUGAAGACCCAGCUGGAGAUCAACGGCAGGAACAACCUGAUCCAACAGAAGAACAUGGCCAUGCUGGCACAGCAGAUGCAGCUGGCCAACGCCAUGAUGCCCGGCACACAGCUACAUCCUACAUGUAUGCCGGUCCCCAUGUUCUCUGUGACGCCCAGCCUUGCCUCCAAUGCCAGUCCUGCCGCGGUGGCCGCUGCGUUUAACCCCUACUUGGGCCCGGUGUCGCCCAGCCUGAUGCCUUCUGAGAUCAUGUCCAGCGCCCCGGUCCUGGUGACCAGUAACCCCAACGUCUCCAUGCCCUCUGCUGCUGCUGCUGCCGCACAGAAACUCAUGAGGACAGACAGACUGGAGGUGUGUCGGGAGUACCAGAGAGGUAACUGUACGCGGGGGGAGAGUGACUGUCGCUUCGCCCACCCCUCAGACAGCACCAUGAUAGACACCAACGACAACACCGUGACCGUGUGUAUGGACUACAUAAAGGGUCGCUGCUCCAGGGAGAAGUGUAAAUACUUCCACCCUCCAGCCCACCUGCAGGCCAAGAUAAAGGCUGGCCAACACCAGGUCAACCAGUCUGUCGCAGUAGUCAUGGGGCUCCCACCUUUACCUCCAUUACCAAAGAGACCCACAGUUGAAAAAUCCAACGGUGCCACCGCCAUGUUCAACGCCGCUGGCACGUUCCAGUACCAACAGGCCCUGGCCAACAUGUUCCAGUACCAACAGGCCCUGGCCAACAUGUUCCAGUACCAACAGCAGCAGUUCAUCCCGUCGGAGUGGGACUGGACUGGACUGGGACGGACUGUGGGUUGCAGACAGGUACCCAUGAUGCACGGUGCCACGCCCGCCACUGUGUCUGCAGCCACUUCCUCUGCCACAAGCGUUCCCUUUGCAAACGCAACAGCCAAUCAGGUUUGCUCCUCUUCUGCUUCCUCUCUCUCGCUCCACUUCCUGUGAUGGAAUUAAGCCACUUCCGGGGUGGUGUUUUGAGAGUACUCUUCUAUAGGCAGUAUCCACCAUAUUUUUGGUACUUAUGACCACUCAUUGAAUGGUUAUGAAUGGCCAUCAGAAGAGGAGUACGGAUGCGUGGUGAUUGAUUCCACCUCUAACUAUUCCCCUGAGGCGUUUAAAGACACUGACCAACAUUCAGGAAAAUGACGACAUCGUUUCCUCCUCAGUGGUCAGUGUUGUUUUAUUUGUAAUGGAUAUUCGCCGUUCGUUUAAAUACGAUUGAUUGUGUAUUCAGUGGUGUAAAGUACUUAAGUAAAAAUACUUUAAAG